CUUCUCCUUCGCCCGCUAUUAAUUCCCUCCCCUUUUCAACCCCUCUUUCCGCCACCGCCGUCACACGCUUCUUCUCCUUCGCCGCCGUCGAAAUGGGCGCUAUUGAUACCGUAGCUAAAGGAGCUAUUGACUCAUCGAAGAAGAAGCGCAAGAGAAACAGAGACAAAAGCAAAACUCCAAAACCCCAAAAAACCGAAGAAGAGGUACAAGUAGAAGAAGACUUGGAACAAGACGCCGUAAACGAAAUGGCUGAGGAAGAAGAAUUGGUCGUGGAGGAGGAGGAGGAGAAGAAAGAGAAGAAAAGGAAGAAGGAAAUUAACACAGCUGGAGAAGCCGAACAAGAAGAAGGAGAGGUAGAAAAGGAGGAGAGUGGUUUGAAGAGUGAGAUGAAGGUCAAUUCGUCGGGGAUUAUGAGCAGUGAAGCUUUUGAAGCGCUGCCGAUAUCAAAUCCCUCAAUGGAUGCAAUUAAAGAUAUGAAAUUUGAGUACAUGACUCAGAUUCAAGCUAGAUCAAUUCCGCCGCUAUUGGAAGGAAAAGAUGUUCUUGGAGCUGCAAGGACAGGUUCUGGAAAAACGCUUGCCUUUUUGGUUCCAGCUGUUGAAUUACUUUUUAACAUACGUUUCACACCUCGAAAUGGAACUGGUGUUAUUGUCCAUCAUUUGGUUGCAGAUAGAUACACUUUUAUUUGAACACAUGCUGUAGCUAAGGACCUUCUCAAGUAUCAUUCACAGACACUGGGAUUGGUGAUUGGGGGUGCAGCGCGAAGAGGAGAAGCAGAGCGUAUUGUCAAGGGAGUUAACCUUUUGGUAGCAACUCCUGGUCGACUUCUUGACCAUCUCCAAAAUGCAAAGGGCUUUAUAUAUAAAAAUCUCAAGUGCCUUGUGAUUGAUGAAGCUGAUAGGAUUCUGGAAGCUAAUUUUGAAGAAGAAAUGAAGCAAAUUAUUAAAAUUUUGCCCAAGGAGAGGCAAACAGCUCUUUUCUCAGCUACACAAACAAAGAAGGUUGAGGACCUUGCACGGAUAUCAUUUCAGACAAAGCCAGUUUAUAUUGAUGUGGAUGAUGGAAGGAAGAGGGUCACCAAUGAAGGACUGCAGCAAGGUUAUUGUGUUGUCCCUUGUGCCAAGAGAUUUAAUCUUCUCUAUUCCUUCUUGAAGAAAAAUCUGACAAAGAAAGUCAUGGUUUUCUUCUCAUCUUGCAAUUCUGUCAAGUUCCAUUCAGAACUUCUCAGAUACAUUCAGAUUGAUUGCCAAGAUAUCCAUGGCAAGCAAAAGCAGCAGAAAAGAACUUCUACCUUUUUUGAUUUCUGCAAAGCUGAAAAGGGCAUCUUAUUGUGUACGGACGUUGCUGCACGUGGGCUUGAUAUUCCUGCAGUGGACUGGAUUGUGCAGUAUGACCCUCCUGAUGAGCCCAAGGAAUAUAUCCAUAGAGUUGGUCGAACAGCUCGUGGUGCAGGUGCAAAAGGGAAUGCUUUGCUUUUCUUGAUUCCAGAAGAGCUUAGUUUUCUAAAAUACCUCAAGGCUGCAAAAGUGCCACUCAAAGAGUAUGAGUAUGAUGAGAAGAAAAUAGUGAAUGCGCAAUCUAAGUUGAUAAACAUAAUCUCUGAAAAUUAUCAUUUGAACAAGUCAGCCAAAGAUGCCUACAGAUCUUACAUUCUUGCGUACAUUAAAGUGAACUUAAACAUUGAUAGCAAUGCCUCUAAGUUCAGGAAGAAAUCACAUAAAACUGAUGGAACCCGACAUGGGUUCAGCAAGAGCAACCCAUAUGGAAGGAAAGGUGAAGAUGACACGCGACAGUUUGUCAGAUAUUAGUCAAAGGUUCUGUAUCCGUACCAACAUAUACAUGUCUCAUCAGCGAAAGAAAUCGCCGGAUGAGCUCCGGAUAUCAUUCAGUUUUGCGACGAGUUUGGACUGUAAGCAGUUUGCUCAUAGUUUGUAUGUUGAAUCUGUUCUUCCCCACAAAGUACUUCUGUAGCACAAUUUUGGAGCUCUAGUUAAUGUCUCUUCAUAUAGUAGUUGCUACAACUGAUUGGGAUGAGAAACAAUUUCUUGAUUUGUCGUUGA